CAAAUAAACUACAUUAGAAGAAACUUAAGCCAUGUCCAUAUAUCUUAAGCUAAAGUACUUUUAUAGGUCAAGCUUAUACUUUAGAUAUAGAGAUAAUGUUCUCCGUUGAAUGGACAAUAUUAGGACGUCUUGAUCGUCGGAACACGGCAGAUGAAAACAACGACUAGGGGACCCAAGAGCUUCCUCCGAUUGGCAAAUCGUAUAUUAUCUCUUGUUGCGACUAGGCUAGUUCAAGUAGGUAUCGCAAAUCAUGCAGGGUUGAUACAUACCUAUCUAAGCGCCUGGUCCAAAAGUAUCUUUGCAGAGGGUCUUUGCUUAAUUAAGUGGCACGCCGCAGUAUUCAUUUCAUUCCUUCUGUUGGACAGCAGUUGUUAGUUGGCUUCUGAAUUUCACUCGCAUUCUUACUUCCUUCUUCAUCUUCUUUUUCCAUUUUCCUCUGAAUCGUUCAGUACCUAGACUUCAGCUUAUGUCUGCCUGACAAUACUGUAUAAUCACACAAGGAUAGACUCCUUAACCACUCUCUUAUCUAGAUACAUAGGCUCAUCGCACUCACCACUCGCUCACUAUUUCCGCAAUCCAGUUGCUAGAUCACCUAAAUUCCCUCGCUGAAAGCCUCGAGAUCAGCAUCUAUAACUCAGAUAUUGUGCCCCACGAAACAAAUGGCAAAGCUACUAUCUGAACUGACGCCUUCAUUCCCGCCGAGCUUGAUGGCGCCAAAACGAUAUCGAUGGGCUGCGGGAGUCAUUUUUGUCGUCUUUUUGUUCUACUUCUUCUCAAUUAAUGGAUUUCUCUACCAGGAGCCCUUGAAAUACCGUGGCUCGAUAGAGGUCGAUUGGUCGCGCUUCGCCUACACCCAAUAUGUCACCAACAGCGACUAUCUCUGUAACUCGGUCAUGCUCUUUGAGUCAUUGCACCGUUUUUCCAGUCGUGCCGACAGAGUGAUGAUGUAUCCUUCUCACAUGUUCGAGGCAAAUAACGGCAGUUCUGUGGAUACCCAAUUGCUUAUCAAGGCUCGCGAUGAAUAUCGAGUCAAGCUCGUUCCCAUUACAGUCCAGCACAAGGAUAAUAAAGAUAAUACCUGGGCUGAUUCAUACACAAAGCUCCUCGCUUUUAAUCAGACCCAAUACAGCCGCGUGCUUUCUAUCGAUUCUGAUUCCACGCUCUUGCAAAACAUGGAUGAACUAUUCCUUUCGCCCCCAGCACCAGUAGCUAUGCCAAGAGCUUACUGGCUGUUUCCUGAGAAGGAGAUCCUCUCAUCUCAGGUAAUACUUCUCCAACCUUCAGAAAAGGAAUUUGCUCGCAUUAUGGCCAAGGUGGACUCUGCCUCUGAGAACGACUUUGAUAUGGAGAUUGUGAACUACCUGUAUCGCGAGAGUGCUCUUGUCCUCCCGCAUCGUCCCUAUGACUUGCUAACGGGCGAGUUCCGUGCAAACGAUCACAAGAGGUAUCUCGGCUCUGACACUGAGCCUUGGGAUCCCGUCACUGUCUACAACGAAGCCAAACUCGUCCAUUUUUCGGACUGGCCGGUUUCCAAGCCAUGGAUACAAACGGAUGAGGAACUUCGCCUCCAGUCACAACCCAACUGCACGACUUUGGCAGAUGGUGCAGAGGACUGUGCGGCAAGGAUAAUAUGGAACUCUUUCUAUACAGAUUUCAAACGAAAGCGGAAGGAAAUUUGCGGACUGGAUGAGGUAGUGAUAUUGCCCGAGGAAGAAUACGAGGAAUAAUCUCCUGGCAAAGGCAGGCUAUUCAAUAUCAGAGCAAUGACUAUAAGGCUCGAAAUGUAUUGUGAGUAAAGGCGUACAUGUUGAUUCCUUGUGGAAUGUACAUUUGAUGUGAUACCUGCAGGCGUGUUAUUCGAGACGAACGCGAGAUGAUUUGGCAUGAGCAAAGUGUUUGUUUACUAUCAAGAGAAAACACGACACGGCAAUAGACAAUAUCCCUAGACUUCUGUUCAGCAAUUAGGUACCUAGCCAGGCCGUAUGAUUACAAUCUGUACGACACACUUACACACAAUCGGGCCAAUCACGGAUUUUAACGGCAGACCAGACCCAUAGUUACCCGUUAAUUGACGUUGUAGCUGCGUUGCCCCCACAUCCAUUUGUGUGCCUGUGAUGUCUUG